AUGAAUAAUUAUCAUCGAAAAAGAAGUCGUAAUUCUAAAAAUUUGGUAGAUAAUAAUAAUUCUAUUUUAAAUGAAGCACAAAUCAAAUCAAAAGUUGAUAUUGGAAUUCAAGUAGCAAUAGAUAAUGAUCAUGAUCUUCUAGUACAAAUAGAUGCAUUAAAAAAUUCUUUAGCUAAUAUUGUAACUGAUCAUGCUGAGCAAUUACAAGCUAUUCAAAUUAAAAAUUGUAAAAUUAUUGAAUUAGAACAUGAAUAUGAAUCUCUUAAAAAUCAGAUUGCUAAUAUUAAUAUUAAAUUAAAAGAUUUAAAUUCAUAUCAAAAUCAACUAUGUACCAACCUGCUUAGUGUUAUUGAAUAUGAAGAUAAUGAAAAUUCAGAAUUAAGAACUCAACCUGAUCCUUAUAUAGAGCAACAACGCUUUUAUGCAUAUUUAAGGAAAAAACAGUUCUUAAAUCCAGAAAAAAUAAAUAACACAAUAACUAACUUGGAUGGUGAUGUUAAUCUAAGUGAAGAGAUAAAAUUAUUUAGUAUACUAGCACAAGAAAGAAGACAAAAGUUUAUUAGAAAUAUCUUGCUGCAACAAACAGGCACUGAUAUUUGGCAUCCAAUUCUAGUAACAAAGCAGGAAGCUGAUGCAUUGAAAAAUGAAAAUGCAAUAAGAAAAGAAGAACUUAUUGCAAUUAUCAAUUCGAUACUUAUCUCAAUUCCUGAAUCGCAACACCCAAAGUAUACUAAUUUAAAAAAUAUGACAAAAGCUACGUUACUAACUAUCUUAUAG